AUGGAGGCGUACAAGCUCUGGGUGCGCAGGAACAGGGACCUCGUCCGCUCCCUCGAGUCCCUCGCCAACGGGCUGACAUGGAUACUCCCGGAGCGCUUCGCCAACUCUGAGAUCGCGCCGGAAGCAGUAUAUGCACUACUGGGUGUUGUGAGUUCUGUCAAUCAGCACAUAAUUGAUGCACCCACUGAGAAUCACUCCUUUGCCUCCAAGGAGCAAUCUAUCCCAUGGGGUCUUGUUGUCUCUGUACUAAAGGAUGUAGAGGCGGUUGUUGAGGUUGCUGCCCAGCACUUUGUUGGCGAUGAUCGCAAGUGGAGCUUUCUUGCUGUUACGGAAGCAGUGAAAGCAGGUGUCAGGUUAGCUGCUUUUCGGGAAAGUGGAUACAAGAUGCUCUUACAAGGAGGGGAGGUGGCAAAUGAAGAAGAGGUGACCGUUCUUGAAAAUAACUAUGGAGUAAAUGGUAAUGGAGUUCCAGCCAUCUAUCCGAUGGAUGGACAUGCCGGAAAUGGACACAAAGCUAUGACCAAGGGUCUGGAUGGAAAAAAUGGAUUUGUAUCUAAGAGUCUUGAGAAAAGGGCAGUAGCUGCUUUGAACAAAUUUGGCGAGAAUACAAAAAUGAUGUCUGAUCCUAUGUGGAUGCGGAGGCUCCAGCCUACUCCUGAGCCAACUGUGAUGGUGGCCGAGAAGCCAACUUUGGCAAGCAUUUGGUCUGCUAAAGGGGGUACUGGGCGCUUAUUUGUUUUAGGGGAGGUUGUUCACAUAUUCAGGCCACUUGUGUAUGUACUUCUGAUCAGAAAGUUUGGAAUCAAAUCAUGGACCCCAUGGUUAGUGUCGCUAGCUGUGGAACUCACAAGUCUAGGCAUCCAUUCCCAUGCGACCGAUCUGAGUCACAGAUUAGGGAAAGUGCAUCAGCUCAGUUCUGCUGAGAGGGAUGAGUUGAAAAGGCGAAAGAUGAUGUGGGCCCUUUAUUUGAUGAGAGAUCCUUUCUUUGCCAGUUACACCAAGCGUCAUCUCCAGAAGGCUGAACAGGUGCUGAAUCCGGUGCCAUUGAUUGGCUUCCUUACAGGGAAACUUAUAGAGCUACUGGAGGCUGUUCAGACAAGAUAUACAUACACAUCAGGUUCAUAG